AUCUAUCUCAACUGAUUCAGCUGGAUUCAAGCUGUUAGAUACUCUAUUGUACACCGCGUAAUGUCUGAAUCAAGCUCGAAAUCCAAAUACGUCCCUCCUCAUCUUCGGUCCAGAACCGGCAAAGCAUCGGACCCACAAACGGUCACGACCCAAAGGCCUGGAUCUCGAGACCGAGUCAACGGCUCUGGACCCUCUUCAUCAUACUCUGGUAGCGCGUAUCAGCAACCUGGAUCAAAUCGUUCCUGGACCGCUCAGUCUCAAGGUUCAAGUUCUUCUCGAACAUCAUGGUCACAUGGUGGACAGGACCCAUCUCCAGCUUACCAACAACGAGGUGGCAGUCAUGAUACGGGACGAUGGGGUCAGGAUACGAAACAUGCUUCUCGAGGUGCACGAGACCAGUAUCCUGGUUCUGGAAGACCAUCUGCUUAUUCUGGAUCGGGAUCAGGAUCGAACAGCCGUACACCGCAUACUUCCCCCACGCUGCACGUCUUCGGAGAUAGCUUUGUGGGACCUUUCAAGCUCUUAUCCGAUGAUGGCGUAAAAUUUCAGACGUUCAAAGGGUCUUCAGCCAAGGGUCUGAACAAUCCGAAAUCCUUAAAACAAGUGUCGAAAGAGCUCGUACCUAUUCUGAACAAUCUCCUCGCUCCUCCACCUUUUGCCUACUUUCCAUCCUCCGGAAGAUGGGCCCUACUGAUCUUUGGAAAUGUCGACCUGCAGAUCAACUACCUCUGGCAACUACAACAUAAGCCUAUCAACGCUCAGACGUUCGCCUCCAAUCCUUCCAAAGGAUCCGCUGAAGAUUCUGCUUCCAUCGCCGCACCUGAUGGAGAGCUCGAUGAUACCCAACACGUCCUAGCAACAGCCACCGAAACAUCUAUGAAAGGCUCUGCACUGGGUCCAGAUUUGUUCGUCAAGGCUGUCGUUUCUGCUUACACUGCUUGGCUCCAACGGGAGAUCGUAGACGGGCCUAUCGGCCAGAGAAUACGCGAAGGAGGAAAAGAUUCAGGGUCGUCUCGGAAACGAGGGACGAGCAAGGUGCUUAUCGCCGCUGCCUUACCUCCAUUGGUGGAGGAUGAAGUUCUUCCCCGCAUCCCGGAGAAGUAUGUAGAGAGACUGGAAGAGGAUCACGCAAAGAGGCAAGAAGCGAUGGGCAAAGGAGACGCGGAAUCUGGACCGGCUGAAAGGAUUUCCAAGACGCCAUGGGCCAGGAGCAAGGAUACGGACCCCCCGGUGAACGAUACCUUGGACGGUGUAUCAACGCUUCAUAUUUCAGACGACUUGGACAAGGGUUCAGAUAUCAGGGGGAGAUCCCAACCUGAGACGAGGGAUGGCCAAAUAUCGCCUCAAUCCAGUUCGACGGAAUCAUCCAAUCGAUCCAGUAUGUUUGAUGUUUCCGCUAUGGAAUCAUCAACCCAUACCACUUUGACAAUCCCACCAUCCUCCCCUUCUGCGAGGAAGAGCGCGUCCUCGGUAGAUGCCUCGGAUCUCGCGAAAGACAGUGGUGCCAAGGCAGAGUCGAGCAAGACAUCCAUUGAAGAGCUCCUCAAGUACGACCCUCCGCUGUGCACUCUACCAGUCAGAAUCCUCAUGACCAAUCAGUACAACAGGCAGCUUCGAACUUUCUGUGAAGCUCACCCGGAUAUUUUCUCCUUCAUCGAUAUCACCAAUGCCAUGCUCGCUGGCAAUUAUACUUCCUCGCCCAUAGGUCGAGCUGAUCGAUCCACUUGGGCCUGCCCUGUAGACGCUACAAACAUUCAUCCUUUAUGGGAACCGACGCUGCCACUGUGGUUGGAGGAGUUGAAGAAAGUAGGCGUACCGACUGAAGGUUAUCGCAUCACAGUGGACGCCGAAGAGACUUUUAGAGCCUACGAGGCUGAUAAGCGAGAGAGAACGGCGAGACAACCUUGGGGUAAGGAUGGACAUGCAGCCGCGGCCGCAGCGGCAGACCUAAGUGGCACAGGUGACCUGGAAGGUGGAGAAAAGAGGAGGAUCAAGCUUAGGGAUGAGUAGGGAGAAAGAGAGAGAGAGAGAGAGAGAGAGAGAGAGAGAGAGAGAG